AUGAAAGUAGUGAACGAUGGAACUGGCGGAAUUUUUUUCUUAGAUGCUCUCGGUGGGACUGGGAAAAUGUUUUUGAUUUCAUUGAUUUUGGCAACGAUUCGAUCGCAAAAUGGUAUCGCACUUGCACUUGCUUCGUCAGGUAUUGCAGCUACGUUGUUGGAAGGCGGUCGAACAACUCAUUCCGCACUCAAGUUGCCGUUGAACAUGCAAAUAAAUCAAACACCAACUUGCAAACUUUCGAGAAAUUCUGCGAUGGCCAAAGUGUUGCAACAAAGCAAAUUAAUAGUUUGGGAUCAGUGCACGAUGGCACACAAAAAACCAUUGGAAACAUUAGACCGCACGUUGCAAGAUUUCCGAAUGAACCAAAACUGGUUUGGUGGUGCAAUGAUUUUAUUAGCAUGUGAUUUUCGCCAAACACUACCAGUAAUACCACGAUCAACGCCAGCCGACGAACUUAACGCAUGUUCAAAGUCAUUCAUUUUAUGGAAAGACGUUAAAACGCUUAAAUUAAAUAUAAACAUGCGAGUCGAAUUGCAGAAUGAGCAAUUUGGAGAAUAUUUUUCCAAACAAUUGCUCGCGAAAGUAUUAGCUGCAAAAAACGUUGAUGUCAACGAAAUCAAUUUCCAUAUUCAAAAUAAGAUAGCUGGCGAAUUAAUGAUAUACAAAUCGAUUGAUUCCGUUACUAACCAAGAUGAUGUUGUCAACUAUCCAACGGAGUUCUUAAAUUCGCUGGAAUUGCCCGGAUUACCACCUCAUAAUCUGCAACUAAAGAUCGGAUCGGUAAUCAUUAUGUUGCGGAAUAUAAACCAGCCACGUCUUUGUAAUGGCACCCGACUUGCGGUGAAGAAAUUAAUGAACAACGUCAUCGAAGCCACAAUUUUGAAAGGGAAGUACAAAGGCGAAGACGUUUUGAUUCCACGGAUUCCUUUGAUUCCGAACGACAUGCCAUUCGACUUUAAACGGUUAAAAUUUCCCAUUUUGCAAGGUUUAGCCUUCAUCCAUCGACAUGGAUUUUUCCACAGAGACCUUAAGCCUGAAAACAUAUUAUGCUCGGGUACGGAAAUCGUCAAGAUAGCAGAUUUUGGUUUGGUUCGUGAAAUCAGAUCCAGGCCUCCAUACACUGACUACGUUUCAACAAGAUGGUACAGGGCGCCAGAAGUUCUUUUACAUUCAACUACGUACAGCAGUCCAAUAGAUUUGUGGGCUUUGGGUUGCAUAGCUGCGGAGAUAUACACGUAUAGGCCAUUGUUCCCUGGUACGACUGAAACCGAUCAACUGUAUAAAAUUUGUGCGUUAAGAGGAACACCAGACGAGAACAAAUGGCCUGACAGUUAUCAAUUAGCUGGUGCUCUAGGAUUUAAAUUUCCAUAUUUUGCCAAAACUCCCAUCAGUGACGUAGUACCGCAGGCGGGAAACAAUGGGAUUAAUUUAGUAGACGAACUUCUAGAAUGGAAUCCGGCACACCGACCCACGGCACAAGGAGCCCUCAAACAUCAAUAUUUUCAGGUUGGACAAUUUAGCGCCCUCCAGACAAACCGCCAAAUACAAGCUAACAGUGCCUUACAGACUCACUCGAAUGGUAUCAUUCAAAAGCUACCCUCUAUCGACCAAGAAGACUCCCAGAUGUUCCCCAAUCCCCAACCGCAGCUUCAGAUUCAAGCAAACGGCCGUUCCUUAAUAAAACAAAUGAAUGGUAAUCCGAAUCUCCCCUCCAUCCAACCAUCUGUACAAAUUAACAUCCAAUCUUUGAUCAAGCCAAUGGAAGAUAAGCCUAGAUUACAAGCGCCACCUAUAGUCUAUAGUUUCGGUCAAUCAGAUUACGGAAGUAAAUAUUUACCAUCCGUUUUUGGGAAUAUGAAUAAUGUUGGAGGGAGAGGUGUAGUUAUGCCUAAUAAGAAGAUCAGUUGGGGGAUGGAGACGAAUUUUGAGUAUGAGGAUGAUUUUGCUGAUAUAUUAGGAAGUAAAAUAAAGCUGCCUACUUCGGACAAGAAGAAAGAAACGAAUAAAGUGAACCUGAGCCAAUUCAAUUUACAAGAUCUUCUGGAACCUCUGGCUAAAGCUAGUGCGGGAACAAUUAGAAACCAGUACCUCAACGUACCUAGGUAUAUAAAUGGACAGAACACAAUAAAUUGGAAAUGCAACCAAUGUGGACUGAUUUUGGAGAUUUGA